AUGUUGCUGCACCACAACUUAAUCCCCUUUGUCCCCCGGCAGGGGGAAGGGGCUUCUUACGAGGAGGGAGAGCCUCCUAAUGAGGGAGAGCCUCCUAAUAAGGGAGAGCUCCCUAAUGAGGGAGAGCUCCCUAAUGAGGGAGGGCUCCCUAAUGAGGGAGAGCCUCCCAAUGAUGGAGAGCUCCCUAAUGAGGGAGAGCCCCCUAAUGAGGGAGAGCUCCCUAAUGAGGGAGAGCCUCCUAAUGAGGAAAAACUCCCUAAUGAGGGAGAGCUCCCUAAUGAGGGAGAGCUCCCUAAUGAGGGAGAGCCCCCUAAUGAGGGAGAGCUCCCUAAUGAGGGAGAGCCUCCUAAUGAGGAAAAACUCCCUAAUGAGGGAGAGCUCCCUAAUGAGGGAGAGCUCCCUAAUGAGGGAGAGCUCCCUAAUGAGGGAGAGCUCCCUAAUGAGGGAGAGCUCCCUAAUGAGGAUGGGCUCCCUAAUGAGGGAGAGAUCCCUAAUGAAGGAGAUGGCUCCCUGGAAUAA